GUAUCUUCAGUGACCACCUGUUCACUUUCCUGCCGAGCAUUGGUGACGCCCUAAUUCCUGUGCCUCCCAUAGAAGCGGUUGAAGAAGGCACUGAACUACCGAUCGACGUGAUGAUAGGGACGAACGUGCGAGAUGGUGCCAUUCUGUUUUUCAUGGGAAGUGAUGCGGACGGCGUCGAUAGCAACUGGACGAGUUCCUCAGCGGGAAUUUACGUGGUGUUCGGACGCGCCUAUAUUGCCCACGUAUUUGCUGGCUUCCCGAAAGCUGUCGUUGAACGAAUCACCGAGCGCUACUUGGGAACCUUAAGCAAGCGGUCUGCUCCCGAAGAUGUCUUCGCCGCGCUGGUGUCUUCCGACGGUCACUUCAUGUUCAACUGCCCAACACUGUUUCUUGCUGAUUCCUUCUUAAGUCGAGUUAACGUCCUGCUCACGUACAAAUUUGCGCACCCCACCUUGCCCGCUCCAUGGCCGGAAGAAUUCGAGGCUACCCAUUCAGACGAGUACCAGUUCGUGUUCGGCGCACCACUGCGUCAUCCGGGAAGAUACUCGACGGAAGACGUUCUCAUGAGCGAGACGAUCAUGUCGGCAUGGGCUAGUUUUGCACACACGGGGACUCCCCAGUUUCCUGGUCGGAAAGCAUGGCCUCGGUACGACAAGCAGAAUCGCUCCUACGUGGCAUUUCAACACGGCUCAGUCGCAGUGAAUCGCGGUCUGGAGGGCCGAAACUGCGAUUUUUGGAAGGGGCUCAUCUGAAA